UUGCAUUCAAAAGUAAUUCAUUACAUGAUUUUUAGUACACAAAAAAAAUAAUAAAAACAGAAAAUAAAAAAAAAUUCAAAAUAAAAUUUAUUCGAAAAUAAUUAUUAAUUUUUAUAAAUUCUUAAAUUAAUUUCGAAAUUGAAAGAAAAUAAAAAAUAGUGGUGUAAAAAUGAAAUUGUUACUAAUAACCAUUUUUACGAUAAUUGGAUUAUCAACGGCUGCACAAUUAUCUAAUACAUACUUACCACCACCAUCAGCUGGUUCAGCUGGUGGACAUGGUGGUUUCUUACAAGGACCAUCAUCAUCACAUCAUCAAGGACCAUCAAAUCAAUAUGUACCACCGAAAACAACAUUUAAUCAACAAGGACAACCAGUACAUUGGAGUCAUGGUGGAUGGAAUUCUGGUGGUGCUGGUGGACAACAAAAUAGCUGGCAAGGUGGACAUAGCGGUGGUGGAGGUGGUGGUGGUGGUGCUGGACAUAAAUAUGGUGGUAGUGGUGGACAAGGUGGUAUUGGUGGAUAUGGUGGUCAACCAUAUCAUCAACCAGGUAAACCACAAGUACCAAUAUUAAGAUUUGAAAAUGAAAAUGAUGGUAGCGGAAAUUAUCAUUUUGAUUAUCAAACUGGUGAUGGUAUUAGCCAUCAACAACAAGGUCAUAUUAAUAAUCCGGGUACUGAUUGGGCUGAAAAUGUUGUAAAUGGACAAUAUUCAUAUACUGGUGAUGAUGGUAAACAAUAUACAGUUAGUUAUAAAGCUGAUGGUAAUGGUUUUCAAGCUGUUGGUGAUCAUUUACCAACUCCACCACCACAACCAAGAGAAAUUCAAGAAGUUUGGAAUCGUGUUUUAAGUCAACAAGCUGCACAUGGUGGUGGUGAUUGGCAACAAGGUGGUGGUAGUGGAGGCAGUGGUCAUUAUGGUGGUGGUAGCGGUGGUAGUGGACAUUAUGGUGGUGGAGGAUCAUCUGGAUCAUGGCAAGGUGGGUCUGGUAGUGGAACUUCAUGGCAACAACAACAAAGUUAUGGUAGUGGUCCAUCAAGACCACAUCAUGGUGGUGGUGGUGGUGAUCAUGCUAGUGGUGCUGCUGGUGGUUAUGGACAUGGUGGUGGAGCAGGAGGUGGUGGAAGACCACAAAAACCAAGUAAUCAAUAUUUACCACCAAAUAGUGUUGGAGGUGGCUCAGCCGGUUAUCAUUAUUAAUAUACGUAAAUAUUAUAUUGUAUAAUAAUAAUUAUAUAUAUAUUGUAUUCGUAAAUUUAAGCUUUUAGUCUAAAAGUAAAGCUAAGUAAAACGAAUUUGCCAGAAAAUUGUAAUAUGAAAUUUGAAUUUAUACGAUCUUUUUUCUCUGUUUAUUAUUUUAAAAAGCGACAAUUGUGAUUCAAAACAAAAAAUAAAAAAAAAAAAUGUAAAAUAAAAAAAAAUUAAAAACACGUGUUAUUUUUAGGCAUUAUUUUUUCCAAAAAAAAAAAUUAAACUUUUCUUUUUCGAAAAUUUCAUAUUCGAAUUUAUAUAUAAGUACGUUUGUGUAUAUAAUAUUUUGAUGUAAAAGGAAACUGUAAUAAUUUUAUGUUUUUUUUUUUUUUGAUAAUGUUAUGAAAAUAUUUUAACGCAUUUAAAUAAACAAAAUAAUUU